AUGGAAGGUGAUCAGUCACGUCGUAUCAUGAUAUUUGAGAAAGUAGGAAUCAGAUCACCUGUCAUGUUUCUAGUAGGAACACAUGCUGAUAAGUUAAAGGAGCAGCCAGGGAUGAUGGAGAAACAGGAUGCAUUUAUAAGGAAGAAACUGGAGGGCACAGUGUUGGCAGAACACAUCAUAUGGGCAUCUAAAGAUAUGAUGUGUUUCUAUGUGGAUAACACAGUGACAGACCCAGACAGUGGUGUUGUAGAUCCACAGGUGACUCUGCUUCGUCAGAAAACACAGGAAGUGGCUCACAAGGUGGCCCAACAUCACAGAUUGCCUAUCAGCUGGCUUAAGUAUGAACAAAAUGUAAGAGAAGUGAAAGUCUCUUAUCCAACAAAGAGAACAACAACUGUUGAUGAAUUACUACAGCUUGCUAUGAAAGCUGCUGGAAUCAAAGAUCGAGAAGAGCUGUUGGUGUUGCUACUGUAUUUGAGUAGUCGCGCAGUGUUGAUGUAUCAUCCCAAGGCAUUUGAAGAGUGGAGAUGA